CCAUGGCGGUGCCGCCGCCGCCGCCGCCGGGCCCCGAGCAGGCCCCGCGGUACCAGGAGUGGAUCCUGGAUACUAUCGACUCGCUGCGUUCUCGCAAGGCGCGGCCAGACCUGGAGCGCAUCUGCCGCAUGGUGCGGCGGCGGCACGGCCCCGAGCCCGAGCGCACCCGUGCCGAGCUGGAGAAGCUCAUCCAGCAGCGCGCCGUGCUCCGGGUCUCCUACAAGGGCAGCAUCUCGUACCGCAACGCCGCCCGCGUGCAGCCGCCGCGCCGCCCGCCGCCGCCCGCCCGCCGCCCGCCGCCCGUCAGCCUCCGCGACACCGCGCGGCUGCUCGGCGGCGACGGCCGCCUCACCCGCGGCCGCCUCCAGGGCUCGGCCGCGCCCGGCGGCGGCGGGGGGGCGCCCCCCUGCAGCAGCAGCGAGGCCUCAGCACGGGAGGAGGAGGAGGAGGAGGAGGAUGAGGAUGAGGAAGAUGAGGACGGGACGGGCUCGGAGGCCUCGGAGGAUGCGGGGCCCCCCCGGCAGCUGAAUGGGGAGGGCCGGGGGGGGGGCCCCCUGCGCCCCCCAGGGCAGCCGCCCCCCGAGCGGCCCCCCCAGCCCAAGGCCUGCGCCCCGGGGGAGGGGGGCUGCCAGCACAUGGCCCCCCUUAAAAAGGAGGGGGCCUUUGGGCAGCCCGACAGAGCAGUGUCCCCGGCGCUGGCAGGGGCAGAGCCAUCGGUGCCACUGUCCCCAGGCCGGCCGGGCCCCCAGGCCGCCGAGGGGGCCCCAUUCAGCUGCACGGCCGGGCGCAAGGACAAGGCCGUUGAUCCGGUGGAGUGGUCAGUGCGGGAUGUGGUUGAGUAUUUCACCGAGGCCGGCUUCCCUGAGCAGGCUGGGGCCUUCCAGGAGCAGGAGAUCGAUGGGAAGUCACUGCUGCUGAUGCAGAGGGCCGAUGUGCUCACGGGGCUCUCCAUCCGCCUGGGUCCCGCGCUCAAGAUCUACGAGUACCACGUGAAGCUGCUGCAGCGCAGCCACUUCCAGGAUGAGGAGCCCCCCACGGAGCCCUUCCCAGCCUGAGACCCCCCCACAGACCCGCGGGGGUGCCCCCAGACCCGUGGGGGCACCCCAGUAUCUGGGAGGGCUCCUCCCUCCCCCUGCUGCUGCACACAGAGACUUUGGGGGUUGGGUGGGGGUCGGGGUGCCCCACCCCUUUUUGGGGAGUCCCGCCUCUCUUUGGAGGAGUUCCCAUCCCUAUUUAAGGGGGGGGUCUUGCCUCUCUCUAAUGUUCCACCUCUAAUUUUGGGGGGGGUCCUACUCAUAGUUGAGGGGUUGCACCUCACUUUGAGGGGGUCUCAUCUAUUUUGGUGGGGUCCCAUCUCUCCUUAGGGGGCUCCCACCCCUCUUUGGGGGUCCCACGUCUCUCUGGGGGAUCCUCCCCUAUUUUGGGGGUCCCACCCCUCUUUGACAGGUCUCUCUUUUGGGGGGGGCACUUUUCUGGGGGGACACCCCUCUUUUGAGGCAUUGCCUCCCUUUUGGGGGGUUCUCACCCCUUAUUUGGGGGGCCUUCUCUUUAGGGGGGGAUCAUUUCUCCUUUGAGGGGUCCCACCUCUCUUUUGGGGGCCUUCUCCUUGUGGGACCCCUCUUUUAGGGGGGGGUCACUUCUCUUUAGAGGGGUCCACCCCUGUCUGUUGGGGGCUAACCCCUCUUUUGGGGGGUUACCUCUCUCUGGGGCACACUGGGGGUGGGGACCACUGCUCCUUGUGAGGGUCACCCCUCUUUUGGGGGGCCUCUCUCGGAUUGGGGUCACCCUCCUUGAGGGAGCCCCCUUUUUAGGGGAUCCCCCUUUGGGGGGGAUUUUUACCGCUGGGGGAGGGGGUUGGGGGGCUCUGUCCGGAGAUGAUUUAACCUUGCCCCA